CUUUCUUUGUUGUUUGCAGACAUUCUUUCUCAUCCUUCUUGUUUCUCUUCUGUUCGCCUCUUCCUUUUCGAAUUUCCUUCGCCAGGAUCUCGAGCACCUCUUCCAUCCUCUGUUUCCUCUUCCUUACUUUCCCGCCCCCCGUAGUUUCAUCCGUCCCCUGCUUCUCAUUCUUCUCGCCUUCCUCUUUUCCCUCUCCUUCCCUCAUCUUCUUCUUCUCCCUCAUCUUCUUCUCCCUCAUCUGCUUCUUCUUCUCUCUCUUCUUCUUCUCCCUCAUCUUCUUCUCUCUCUUCUUCGUCUCCCUCAUCUUCUUCUCUCUCUUCUUCGUCUCUCUCUCUUCUUCUUCUCUCUCGCUUAUUCUCCUUUUCUCUGCGUUCUCUUUCACCAUGGCACAACGCGCUCGAGGCUUGGGUCGGCACCUCGCGACUGCGUUGCCCAUGGGCGGACCUCUGCCGGGAAGUUGCUCCCUUGCAUGGCCGUCAGACUUGCCUCGCGAACCAGGCAGAGUCAGGCAGGAGACGCAGCAGGCAUCGAUCCGCCUCGCGCUGCCUGAACCGCCGCAGUGCGCGUCGCAGGCGAGGCGUCUCUCUCUCGCGUUUUCUCUCGCGCGACCCGCGAGGGAAGGACGGAUUCACCAGCGCAAAGAAGUCCUCGACUUGGGAGAAACGCAUCGCCUGCGCGAAGGAAACGCUGCAGCCUCAGAGGAAGCGAGAACCUCUGGGGAUCAAGCGAAGAAAGCAGGAGAACUGAGGAGGCAGACUGCCAGACCCUCUGAGAUGCUGCGAGAGGCACCGGCCUGUGUCGAGUCUUCGUCUUUACCUGUCACCACGUCUUUCAAAAGUCAACUCUCUCAUCUGACGCAUUUCCAGUUCUAUUCAUCGUGCUCAUCCUCUUCCCGCUCUUACCGAAAGCCGUCGUUUUCUUUUCUACCUCUUUCUUCCGUUACAGUUUCUUCGUUUUCCUCUCCCUCCUCGUCGGAUCGCCCUCGUUCUCCUUCUGCGUCUCUGUCUCAUCUCUUGCCCUCGCCUUCGAUUUCUCGCGCCGACCGAGAGACGCUAAAGGCUGCGUUCCCUCGAACGGCUUCUUCGCUGAGUUUCCACGGCCAGUCGCGCUCUCUCUUUCUUUCCUCCUCACCCCCCUCUCGUCCCUCUUCGCCUGUCUCUCCUCUCUCGUCUGCACCGUCCCGCGCGUCGCGUCCGUUCGCUCCUGCUGCGCCUGCCGCCGUCGCUUCGUCGCGACUGUGCCUCUCCCUUUUUGCGCGCGGCAUCCACGCUGGGCGAGAAGAGCUUCUCCACGAUCCACGACCGCCGUCUCUUCGCGACAGCGCCACUCGCGAGCGCAGCGGCGCCGUUUCCAGGUCGGUCUUUGCCUCUGGGGAAGGAGCGAAGUCCUCCGCCAGUGCCCGUGAGAGACGCGAACGAGACGCCGAAGCCGCGCGCGAGAGCGAGGCGCGAAGGACGUCCAUCGACGGACCGAGAGAAACUGACACGAGUGAAAUAGAGGAGAAAGAGCAAGUUCUGGCGAGUCGGUUGCGCGGGAGCUACGCGGCGUCGUCCCUGCCGCUGCCCGGCCGGGAGGUCGCUGCUGCUUCCUCCACUUCCCCGCUGUCUCUCUCACAAGCAGAAGAACUGAAAGUCCUUGAGGAGCUUGAAACCCAGGAGAGACGGGAGAAGGCGACAGAGAUUCAAAAUGCGAUGCAGCAUCUCUGCCGUCUGGUCAUCUCUCGCGGCUCCGCAACUCUCGACAACUCGACCGUCUUUGCGUCCGCGAGAAAGGCAAACGAGGCCGACCGCUCAGAGGCCGCGGGCGCGUCCAUGCCCGACGCGCGAGGCGACGGCGCGGCCGACGAGAACCACGAGCGAAACGCUGAGAUGGAGAGUGAGGAAAUGCAGACGAGAGUGAACAGAGGCGCCGCGGACCUGCUCGAAACGCAUGUCGGACGACCACGGGAGAAAGAGCUGAGACGAACGCAUAUGCGAAGUCAGUUCGCGUGGAUUGCCGCGACAGUCGACUUGCCGACUUUGAUGGCAGAAGACGAGAAACUCUCCGAGGCCGUCAAUGUCCUCGCCUCCAUGGAGUGUCCGGUCAUCAUUCGCACCAAGAAACUACAGCAACAACUCGUCCCCCUUUCUCACGGCAGCACAGCGCGGAUUCGCCAGGCCUCCAAGAAGCUACGCGAGGCGCUUGGAAUUCCGGAAGUCCUUGUUUGCCGAGGAUGCGUAAAGAAAAGCAAAUGUCCUCUUUAUCGGCAGCCGCCUUUUCAUGUUCGAAGUUCAGGAGCAACUGUCUGCACUAAAGACCUUCUCUAUGUGCUCUUUGGUCAAUACAUGGUCUGUCGUCUGUACACCCGAGGCGUUGAUACGAAGACGGUCUGGGCGGAGAGCGACGAGAGAACUGCGUACAGUAAACAACUGUCUCUUUCGCUUUUGCCUUCGACGAUGAAUUCGCGCGAUCUCGACAUGGGCCUCUUCGCGAUCGAGAAAAUCACGGAAAAAGUCAAGGAACGACUCCAAGAAGAGAGACAGAAAACCGCGCGAAUCGCGGCCGCCGCCCAGCGCGCAGGUCUCGGGGACGAGGUGCAGUUCAAUCCCUUAUCGCUCAAGGCCUUCCGCGCCUUCAUUGAGGACGGCCAAGCGCGCAGAAGUGAAAAGCAGGAAAAGCUGAGGGAAGCUCGGGCUCUGAAGAUGCCCCUGUGGGUGCGCGACUCGGUUCGGCCGCUUCCCGACACACAACUGACAAAGUUUCAGAGAAAGGCAAUCCAGUUCCACCGCCUCGCCGUAGAUGAGCCUGAACCGGAUUGUCCUCUGGAAGAACGCCUGGUGUGGGUACACGAAAGUGAAGAAGCUGCUGCGAGCGAAGAGCGAGACGACGAAAAAGAAAAAUCCCAAAAAAUAAAAGAGGAAGAAGAUGCACAACAGGCAGUCGCUGCGGAAGCAGCCUCAGCCCUCCAGACACGCGAACCAGUGAUGCUCUUAAGAGAGCGAGGAGCGCGGGGCGACGCGGGAGUGUCUCUUCCUUCUCUGGAAGAUCUGCCCCUUCAAAGGCGUUUCGCCUGGCGCGCUCCAGAGGGCUUCCCGCUGCGGCAGCGCACACUUCGGUUCAAUCUUCUCUACCACUAUUAUCUCGAUCGCCUCAAGUCCGAGGCGUCAAAGAUUCCCCGGUUCGACUUGUCCGCGAAAAACGAGGAAGCCGGCGCUGCGGCAGCCGCGUCAGCCAGCGGCGCCACCUUCGCAGAAGCCCUGAACGCACCAGAGCCGCCGACGCUUCUUCCCGCGCCCCAGGGUGGCUACUCCGCAGUGCCGCUUUCUUCGUUUUCUUCCGACGACGAUGGCGUCCACCCUCUUCUGCAUGUCGAUCCCAAGUCGCUCAAGGGCGUUGCCGUGUACAGACACCUCUCCGUGCGGCAGAUGGUGGAGAGCCAGCAGAGGGUCGAGCGCCUCUGGAGGACUGCGGCGCUCUUCGAGGACCUCCCCGUCAUCCAUAAACUCUCCGAACGGGAGGAGCUCGCUGAUCAAUCGUCAGGUGACUCCGCGUCUCUGCUUGCGUCCCUGCCGCGCCUGCCGCACAGUGCGCGGGCGCAUCUCCGGGAGCUGGAGAGAUCCCGAGCAGAGGAACUGCGAAGCGGGGAGAAUGCGCAGAUUGGCAAACUCUCGUCGCCGGCAGUCCUGGAGGGAGCUACACGAAUGCAGCAAACGCUCUGGACGAUCCGCCCACCACCCGAUCGGACUCGGCUCUUCGACGCCUCUGAGGGCGACGAAGCAGCGCGAGGGCCGCCAGACGAAAGCGAGACAAAGUCGCUCUUUGAAGGCGGCGAAGGCGAACGCGCUCGGGGAGACGAACAGAGGAGCUCAAGUGCAGAAACGCGGGUGAAACGAACAGAGUAUGGCCAGGUUCAGCUCCUGAACGAUACGGUGCCAGAGUGGCUGAAACGGGAAGCAGAAAGGUGGAACAAGGACGGAGAUGCGUCGGAGACAGACGCAGUGAUCGACGAACGUCUAGGCGAUAUUAGAGCAAGCGCAAGUCGAGGCGAUGAAGGAGAACACAGGGGAGCGAAAGAUGAAGGCCGCAAGGGAUGUGUGGGGACGGCUUGUGGAACGCGAGCGGCCACUGAGAGACGGAUGUCUGCAGAGGUGAACAGCGAUCACGAGAGGGGAGAUGAACCAGAGAGGGGAGAAGACGAGAACGACGAGGCUCUGGACGAAGUUCUUUGGGGGGCCGAGCAGCGGCGGUCGCGCGAAAUGUGGAGAGCAGCAAAGAAAGACCGAGCAGCGGAAGACGCACGAAAAGCCCAAAUUGAGAGAGAGUUCGAGGUGCCGCCUUCAAUCGCUGACAUCCACGAGCAAGCACAAAGCCUUCGUCGAGCCGCCGACGGAGACGUGAGACGCGCCAGAGGUCGAGGGCGGCGUCGGACAGUCUCGGAAAUGUUAGAGGAUGCUGCCGAAGAAGAAAAACGUUUUCAGAGAUGGCAGGCGGCGCGGCGCCAAGGGCGUGAAGCUGCGGGAGACGCGACGGAGAGCGAAGCGAACGAAGAAUACGGCCCAGGGAAAACAGAAGAGAAGACAGAGGCAGCGGCCAAAGGAGAAAGUGGCAACAAGCAGAAACUACAAUGCAAUCUAGACCGAGAUGAACCAUUCCACAUGGGCGACGAAGGCGGGUUCCACGUUUCUGCGAAAGGCGCAAGCGACCGCCUCCGUUUUGCUCGCUCGACCUACACUUUCGUCGACUGCACCCCCUCUUCACCGCGUUCCCCUCCAUCUCCGUCCUCAACACCGUCUGCAUCAUCCUCGUCCUCUUCUUGCUCUUCUCGCUCUGUCUCCUCUCCUUCCUCUCCCUUGCCCGUCUCUCUUCCGCUGCUCUCUCGUCUGGACAUGCAUGCGCGGUCGGCGGGAGAGCGACAGCCCAGCGCGGACGGGCGCGCUUUGCAGGAGCUCGAGUCGCUGGAUGAAAAGACGUUUGAGGUGUUUGUGAAACCCGGUCGACUCGAGACGCGCGGCGUCUCUGCAUCCUCUUCAGGGACGCAAGGGGAAGCGCCAGAGAGCCUGGAGACGCGUCCGCGCGUCAGGGCAGCGGGCGACUCUGCGGAGACUCGCGACUCACGCGGGGAACGUAUGACGGAGGCAGCGCACAGCGCCACCGGAGCUGCGACGGCGGAUGCGCGUCUAGGCAGGGGCGCAGGACGGGAGCAGAACGAACAGACAGAAGGGCAAAUGCGAGAAGAGGACGACACGGACGAUGAAAAAGACCUCGUCUUCCGGAGCACCUUUCGGAUUCCGCUUGAAAGCGACGGAGGCCGACCGCUCGGCGUCGACCGCGAAGAAGUCGCUCGGAGCCACAUGGAGUUGGCGCGCAUGCAAAAAACAUGGCGACAAAACGAGGACUUUUUGAUAACGCGGAACGUGCUGUACCCGAAAUUCGUCGACCUCUCUCAGGACGCAUACAGUGCCCAUUCGCCAGAGGGGAAGGAAGUCAGGAAACAGCAAAUCUCAGCCAACAGAGCAAACCCGCGGGCGGCUUCGGUGGCUUCGCCCACUCGUCGCAUGCCUGUGUCUGGCCUCAUGCAAGCCACUUUACCGGACGUGACGGCGCUGAUGAAAGCGACAAAUGGCGGCGCGAGAAAAAAAGAAGAAAAGGGGAGGGUCCCACCGCGGCCCCAGCCGCGCGAGGUCGCGAACAGGGUGCAGACCGAGGCAGAGACAGAAGCGCAUUUCAGAGACAAAUACGGGGUCGUCAAAGAUAUGGCGAAAGUCUACCACGACAAAGUCAAGAACAACGAAAUGGGAGGCACAGUUGUCAACCCCGCAGUAACGGAGCUACAGCGAAGCGAAACUCUCCAUCGGCUCAUCCUGAAGAAGGAAGCAGCACGCGAGCAGCGGCGACGAUCCCAUCAGCCAAAGAAGAGAAAGCCUGGGCAGUCGAAACUGGAUGAGAUCCUCAGACGGCCCCCCGUAACCAGCACGACGAAGGCCUGAAAGGAACAGGCGCCCGCAUAAUUAAGCCGUAUCGAUAUGGGCCGCCUUCCAUAAAACGCACAACCCUCCACCUAAAGGUUGCCAUCCGUUUACGAACUCAUCUGUCUUUGCACCCUGCAAACUCCACCUACGCAUCUAUGCGCCCACGGGGAUCCGGGAAACACAAACCUUUAAGAUCUACACGAUGGCUGAACUCGUAGUGUAUGGACGUUGCAUUCAGGCGCCUAUCGUUAAUUGCAAUUAUCUUACAUGGUCAAUCGAGCA